GGGGAGGAGGCCUGGCCCCGCGGCCGCCGCCGCUGCCCGGACCGCUCGGACCGCCGUGGGGCGGCGGGCCCGAGACGGCGCCCCGCGCCCCGGAUUCGCCUCGGUUCGGCCGCGCGUAUAUUUCCUUUCUUCCAUGAUCUCCAACACUGAUAAAGUGGAAGAAAACUAAGGUACCAUGACAGAGAAAAGUAGCUGGAACUGAGAAGAAAAAGAGAAUUCAGUGAGCCUCAGCGCUGGAAAGUAGAAGCUCGCGAGAUCUCUGCAGUAGCCGAAGAGAAGAGGAGGAGGAGAGGUGAUCUCGCGAAAGAAAAGCUGCCCGGAGAGCUCGCGAGAUCUCAGAUCACCGGACCCGAAAGGUUCUUAGGGAGUUGAAGGGCCUGGAAGAGGCCCCGGAACAAAUGGCGGGAGCUGGGCCGACCAUGCUGCUACGAGAGGAGAAUGGCUGUUGCAGCCGGCGUCAAAGCAGCUCCAGCGCUGGGGACUCAGAUGGAGAGCGCGAGGACUCGCCGGCUGCGCGCGCCCGGCAGCAGCUGGAGGCGCUACUCAACAAGACUAUGCGCAUUCGUAUGACAGAUGGACGGACGCUGGUCGGCUGCUUCCUCUGCACCGACCGCGACUGCAAUGUUAUCCUAGGCUCGGCGCAGGAGUUCCUCAAGCCGUCGGAUUCCUUCUCUGCUGGGGAACCCCGUGUGCUGGGCUUGGCCAUGGUACCCGGACACCACAUCGUUUCUAUUGAGGUGCAAAGAGAGAGCCUGGCGGGGCCUCCCUAUCUCUAACCAUGAUCGCGCAUGCCUUUUAGACUUCAUUAAACCUGUAACCCAA